AUGGCUAUGGAGCAGGUGGCCAUGGGGCCACGAGGGACGAUACUGCCUGUGACCCCCGUGCUAGCCUUCAGUGCUUGGCUGGUGGCACAGAGCAAGGCUACACCAAGUGUCCCCACAAUCUCCAUCUUCCUGAAGCUGCCUGAGGUGAUCCCACAAGGAGGCUCCACCACCAUCUGCUGCAGUUGCCAGUGUGACAAAGGGACCUUCAUGCUGUACAAGGAUGGCUGUCAGCUUCUUACCUUGGAGCUGCAUGGCAGCAGGGCCAAAUUCUCCAUCUCUAAUGCCACCCGGGAGGACACAGGUGCCUACAGCUGCCAUUACCUGGGUGGAGGCACCAUGCUGGUUCACAGAGAAACCCUGGAUGUCACAGUGCAAGAGUUCCGUCUCCCUCCACCUGUCCUCUCUGUCCUGCCUGGGCAGGAGGUGGCUGAAGUAGCUUCCAUGAUUUUCCGUUGCACCAUCAUACACUCCAAUGCUGGCUGUUUCCUGUACCUGGAGGGCCAGGUCAAAGCUCUCGACUUCCUCCCUAAGGAACGAGAUGAUUUCAACCUCUCCCAUGUGCAUAAAGUCAAUGGGGGCCGCUACAGCCGCCAGUGUUUCACCAAGGUUGCUCUGGUCGAAUGGUCUCCUGUCAGCCAGCCUGUGGAUUUGGUGGUGAAGGGUGAGACAUCCCCCCAGCCACAGCCUGCUCUUUCCUCCCUUGGCAUCUGA